AUGCUCAAGCACUCGCUUAGCAGGGCCGUCGGUCCUCGUACCCGAAAUCCUCUUCUGCGGCGUUGGCUGUCCACCCCUAAAACAGAACCUCCUAGAUCACCGAAGCUCAAAGACGACCAAGCUGCCCUCAGAACUCGUUUCGAUCGCUUUAUUGAACGCACCCCGAGGUUCCUCCGACCGACAGUCACUGGCCUGCGACAAGCGCCAGUGUCACACAUUACAGCCUUCAUUAUCCUUCAUGAAAUAACAGCGGUCAUACCACUAUUCGGUCUCGCAGGGGCUUUCCACUACUGGAACUGGCUCCCUCCCUACUUUGCUGAAGGGGCUUGGAUCUCUGCAGCUGUGGAGAAGUUCGCGCGAUACUUUCGGAAGAAAGGGUGGAUCACUGAAAAAGACGAGAUCAGAGUUGAAGAGGAGACACAGAAGGGCAAUGCACACAGUUUUGAAAGCCACAAAGAAACAGUCUCGCGGUGGUUCAAUCGAGGAGAAAGCGCCACAAGAUGGGUAGUCGAGUUCGCGACCGCGUACACCUUGGUGAAAGUAUUGUUGCCUUUGCGCCUCCUCGUUAGCGUUUGGGGCUCGCCAUGGUUUGCACGGAUCGCCAUCAUUCCGGCUGGGAAUGCCACAAAAACACUGUUUCGAAGAACAACGAAAUGA